CUCAGUGUCAGUGAGAACACCGAGUUUCUGGCACAUUAUGUGAUCAAAUGGUUCCCUGAGCUCAGACUCACCAAAGAGGAGCUUUGACGGCAGCUGAUUCUGACCUUGACACCAUGUGCACCAGAAAAUGCUCCCUCUUCGUUGCUGGAUGUAUGUACCCACUCGUGCUCCUGUCCGUCACCUGCAACAUCAUGCUGUUCUUUCCUGGCUGGAGUGUGCAAUAUGUUAAGGAAGGGCACAUCACUGUGCAGGUUUACUACAUGGGGGGUGUCCUCGGAGGGGGUGUACUGGCACUAAUCACGGCUCUUUACAUCCACCUGACUGGAGAUGGGGGCUGCUGUACAAACCGCUUAGGGAUGUUCUUCUCGAUUGCGUUUGCAGCGGUGGGCGCGGCUGGAGCUGUGUACAGCUUCAUCGUGGCCAUCCUCGGCUUGUCCAAUGGCCCCCUGUGUAAAGGUGACAACGGACUCUGGGGCACCCUCUUUAAAAACAGCAACGCUAACUACUUGACCCAGCGGUCUAAGUGGGCUGACUGCAUUGAGCCGAGGGAUGUGGUGCAGUUCAACAUAGGCCUCUUCAUCACUUUGAUCCUGGCCAGCUUCCUGCAGGCGAUGCUCUGUGUCGGCCAGAUCAUCAACGGCCUCGUCGGCUGCAUCUGCGGAACGGGCAAAGACCAAAUGGUUGCAUAGAACCCAGAAGGAUGACCACAUGACGAAUGAAAAAGUUCUGGAGUAUGUCUAUUGUUUCCCACAGUUAUUCUGCAUUAAAAAGUGGUUUAAAAAAGCAUCAGUUGAAUUUUAAUCUGAUCAGUAAGAGAUGGAAGGAUUACCAAAGGUAUCAAACUUAAAGUGCAUCUGUCUUUUGUUUGAAUCUGCAAUCUACAAUGUUUUUAUGACAAAAACAUGUUCUUUUUUUAUUUCUACAGCUUGCACAUCUUAGCUUUUAUUAACAGAAAACAAGUGUCUGAAGUGUCUAAGUGUCUGUACUGAAAGCUUAGCUUCUAUUUAGCCUCCAAUGUUCGGACAAAGAGGUGAAUGAAAGACAGAACUUUGUGUCAGAGGUACAUCAUUGGUAGUAUUAAUAGUACUGUGCUGAUGCUGUCUGUCUGACUUGUUGAAAUAAAUUAAUCAGGAAAAAUGCAUUUGGAACUGCAGUUU